AGUGGGGCGGGUCCGCCGGGGAUAAGACCCGCUGCCCGGCCCCGACAAGGGUGUGACCUCUGUGGCCGCUGUGGACGACGGUAGUCCCGUCUCGGCAAGAGAGAAGAACGUCUGCCUGUGUGACUGAAAUCUGACCUUGACACAGAGUCAUGGCCAUGGCAACCAAAGGAGGCACCAUCAAACCUGCUUCAGGAUUCAAUGCCGCUGAAGAUGCCCAGGCCCUGAGGAAGGCCAUGAAAGGGCUUGGCACCGAUGAAGACGCCAUUAUCAAUGUGCUCGCCUACCGCAACACGGCCCAGCGCCAGGAAAUCAGGACGGCCUACAAAUCCUCCAUCGGCAGGGACCUGAUAGAUGACUUGAAGUCAGAACUGAGUGGCAACUUCGAGAGUGUGAUUGUGGGGAUGAUGACACCCACGGUGCUGUACGACGUACAGGAGCUGCGAAGGGCCAUGAAGGGAGCUGGCACUGAUGAGGGCUGCCUGAUUGAGAUCCUGGCCUCCCGGACGCCCGAGGAGAUCCGGCGCAUAAGCCAGACCUACCAGCUGCAAUACGACCGGAGCCUUGAAGAUGACAUUCGCUCCGACACAUCGUUCAUGUUCCAGCGAGUGCUGGUGUCUCUGUCUGCUGGUGGCAGGGAUGAAGGAAAUCAUCUGGAUGAUGAUCUCAUGAGACAGGAUGCCCAGGACCUUUAUGAGGCUGGAGAGAAGAAAUGGGGGACAGAUGAGGUGAAAUUUCUGACUGUUCUCUGUUCCCGGAAUCGAAAUCAUCUGCUGCACGUGUUCGAUGAGUACAAAAGGAUAUCACAGAAGGAUAUUGAACAGAGUAUUAAGUCUGAAACAUCUGGUAGCUUUGAAGACGCCCUGCUAGCCAUUGUAAAGUGCAUGAGGAAUAAAUCUGCAUAUUUUGCUGAAAGGCUUUAUAAAUCUAUGAAGGGCUUGGGCACUGAUGAUGACACCCUUAUCAGAAUAAUGGUUUCUCGGGCGGAGAUUGAUAUGCUGGACAUCCGGGCACACUUCAAGAGGCUCUAUGGAAAGUCUCUGUACUCUUUCAUCAAGGGUGACACAUCUGGAGACUACAGGAAGGUCCUGCUCAUUCUCUGUGGUGGAGAUGAUUAAAACAAAACCCAGGAAAAAUAAGAGAAUUCCCACAACUUUGAAUACUUUUUAACUUCAUUUUUCUACGCUGCUAUUAGCAUUAUCUCAGAAUGCUUAUUUCCAAAUUAAAACGCCUACAGAUGCCUCUUAGAAUGUACACUUUCUGUAUUAUGAUUCAUCUAUAAUUACUCAUUAUGAUGUUUUAAAGCUGUACUUGCAUUUCAAAGCUUAUAAAACCUAAGAGGAGAUUUAAAAUUAGAAAUAAUAAUGUACUGCAUGUUUUUCACACACCUCUUCUUCACUUGUGUUUCACAGAAAUUGGAUUAUAUUAAAUUACUUCAUGUUUUCUUCUUGGUGACAAUGUGUUGAAGUGGGAGACUGGAAGACGGCUCUAAAAUCACUCUUCUUCCCUAAUUCUGUUUUUAGAGUGGCUAGUAAUUUCUUGAUUUGAAAUUGUGAGCAUCUAGUUAGUAAGAAUAUUUAUCCAAGUUGCUAUUUCAUAUAGUUUGAAAGUAUCCACAAAUGUCCUUUGUUUAGGUUUUGUCGAUAACAUUAAUUGAUCUUGACUAGGUUUGGUGUGAAAUACUUCCUCUAUCACAUUUUAUGUUAAGAUCACUUACUCUCUCCAGGUUAUAAAGUAUACCAAACUCACCAGCUUGUCUGAAUAAAUGAAAUUCUAACUGGUUAUACAGAUCACAUAUGUGUGGUUACCAAACAUAAAUGCUGAACAUUCCACAAUAUUAUGGUUAAUGUCUUAAUGCAGCUUGAAGAUGAAUGGGGAAAAAUUAAUUGUCAAGCUAGGUAUUCUGGCGAUGUUGUGAUGCUCUGAAUUUUACUUAAAGGAAAUUUUUUGUGCUAAAAAUAAUUUUUUAAGUUAUUUUGGAUUUUGUUGUUUUGCAGUAAUUUACAUUUGCACUGUGCCUUUUAACCCUAGAAUUAUUCUGAAGGUACAUUUGGAUUUAAUUCAAAAGUUCAGUUUGUAUACAACAUGGAAAAAUAAUUUUAAUAAAACAUGGUGUCUUUAAAAUGA